AUGUGUCAGAUAGACCUGUGUCGUAAAGACCUUGGUACACCCCAGCUAUCAGACACCCCAACUGUCAGACACCCCAGCUAUCAGACACACCAGCUGUCAGACACCCCAGCUAUCAGACACCCCAACUGUCAGACACCCCAGCUAUCAGACACCCCAACUGUCAGACACCCCAGCUAUCAGACACCCCAGCUAUCAGACACCCUAACUAUCAGACACCCCAGCUAUCAGACAUCCCAGCUAUCAGACAUCAUAGCUAUCAGACACCCCAGCUAUCAGACACCCCAGCUAUCAGACACCCCCAAAUAUCAGACACCCCAGCUAUCAGACACCCUAAUUAUCAGACACCCCAACUGUCAGACACCCCAGCUAUCAGACAUCCCAACUAUCAGACACCCCAGCUGCCAGACACCCCAGUUAUCAGACACCCCAACUAUCAGACACCCUAACUAUCAGACACCCCAGCUAUCAGACAUCCCAGCUAUCAGACACCCCAGCUGCCAGACACCCCAGUUAUCAGACACCCCAGCUAUCAGACACCCUAACUAUCAGACACCCCAGCUAUCAGACAUCCCAGCUAUCAGACACCCCAGCUGCCAGACACCCCAGUUAUCAGACACCCCAGCUAUCAGACACCCUAACUAUCAGACACCCCAGCUAUCAGACAUCCCAGCUAUCAGACACCCCAGCUGCCAGACACCCCAGUUAUCAGACACCCCAGCUAUCAGACAUCCCAACUAUCAGACACCCCAGCUGCCAGACACCCCAUACAACGCCAUCCAGGAAUUCUGCAGCAGGACCCGAGCUUCGUGUCCCCCUGGGCCCCAAGGGCCCCUGGGGCCCAUAGGAGAAAGUGGGAAGCCUGGAAAGGAUGGGGACCGUGGGGACCGAGGUCUACCAGGACAGACCGGGCCCCAGGGCCCCCCAGGAUUGCCUGGUAUACCUGGGCCCCCAGGCAUGAGGGGCCCCAAAGGAGAGAUGGGGCUACCAGUGUACGGGCGUGUCUGCACCUACCUUUGUAUAUUCACACACAUGUACACACCUAACACCCGAACCGCAGGGUCAACCCGCCUGCGACCGAGGCGCCGCAAGCCCAUCAUAGUGAGGGAGGGUGACAACCUGCGGCUGCGGUGCCAGGCCGCAGGAGAGCCAUUACCGCAGGUAGAGUGGAGCAAGGAAGACGGUGGAGCCAUCCCUACUGGCCAGUGGAAAGAGGGUGCUCUGAACAACCACGUGCUCAACCUGACGCACGUGCACCGUGAACACACGGGGUCGUACGUCUGCGAGGCGUACAACGGUAUCCCUCCGAAUGACUACAAGACCUUCAGUGUGGAAGUCCAUUUCGACCCGUACCUGAGGGUGAAGCAGUGGAAGGUUGGUACUUACAAUGGGUCAAGUGCCAGGCUGGAGUGCCACGUUGAGGCCUUCCCUGUGGCCGUCACGUACUGGGAGGACCAGCACGGACGGAUACUGGAUAACUCCACCAAGUACGCUAUCACGUACCACCACGACCCAAACUUUAUCUGGAAGAGUGUUAUGCUGCUUAACAUUUCGGACAUAGAUGGCACUGACUUCGGCGACUACCACUGUGUGGCCAAGAACGAACUCUCCAUCACACGCGGUCUUAUUAAAGUCCAUGAGAUUGACCCAACACUGUACAUUCCAUCCACUGGGACAGUAGACGGGUUGACAUUUGGUCCUGAUCCACCUCGCUUCGUUGACCUCUUUGACGACCUGUGCCCCCCACCACCAGACUGCCCAGAAUGCCCCAAGAUGCCCAAAUGUGCCGAGGGCCGCGGGGCACUCUUUGGCAUACGUGUGGAGCAGUUUGGCAAUGAUACCUACCCAGGUUUCAAGAACAGGUCUACUGGUGGGUUCGCGCUGGACCUGUACCGCAAGAGGUUCCUGGAUGUUGACCCGCCCUUUAACAAUCCUUUUAGAAUGACCACCAUGCUGGGUUACAACUAUGACACUAAGGAAAUCUACUCUUGGGACAGUGGAAAUCAGCUGACAUAUCCGGUCAAGGUUAUUGAUAUAGGAUACAACACGCCAGAGGAGGAGAGAGGGGGGUCGGAAACUGCUCUACAUUUUAUGAACUACGAGCAAGAUUACGAGGUUAGCCAGCUAGCUAGCUAGCACAAGGCCUAACUCACACCGACAGCUAGAAGCAGCGCUAGUAUCGUCUCGCUUAGAGCUGAUACAGGCCCCCUAAUUUUACCCAAACUGUGGCUAGUAAUCGGACUAGACAGCUAGAAAAGGCGCUACAUUACUUCUGUUAUCUACACCUAGCAGGAGCACUAGACAGCUAGCAUUCUUUCAUCUACGGCUAACAGAAGUACUGGACAGCUAGUAUUCUCACAUGUACAACUAGCAGAAGUCCUAGACAGCUAGUAUUCCCCCAUCAACAGCUAGCAAAAGCGCUACUUUCACCUCAGAGACUGCUAAAACUAGCAUAAAUAUCCUCACACCUGCAAGUCAUUGUUUUCGUCAACUCUUGAGUGCUGUAAAUCUCCUUUACAUCAACCUAUAAAUGAGCCUUGUUAUUGACAGUUCAUGACUGUGAAUGAGACCUAUCGUCACGACUAGCAUCACUAGGCCUAAAUAAGCCGUUCAUGGCGAAAACUGUCGCUUAAUUAAACCCUUUACCAGGCCUUCUCCACUCCUGGUAAAGGGGUAAUUACCCUUUCCCAGGCCUGGUAAAGGGUUUUAAUAUGUUUUGAUCUAUAGGUAAAUACGUGUCAUAAGGGUAUUUCAUGUUUUUAAGGCCUAUGUGCUAAUUACCACCAUAAUUAGGUCAUUAAGGCUGCAUGUCACCUGUACACCACCAAUCAUGAAUAUUUUAAUACCUAAAAUAGUGAUUAACGUAAACUACCAGUGUAUAUACACUGAGAUAUACACCUCUCAGUGUAUAUACACUGAGAUAUACACCUCUCAGUGUAUAUACACUGAGAUAUACACCUCUCAGUGUAUAUACACUGCGAUGUACACCUCCCAAUGUAUAUACAUUGAGAUAUAAACCUCUCAGUGUAUAUGCACUGAGAUAUACACCUCUCAGUGUAUAUACAUUUCUCAAAGUAUAUAUACACAUCGAAACAACCACAAAGUACAUAUCAGUCGAUAUUUAAGUUCUAUUCCCUUACUGAAAGCAGGAUUCGAACCCGUGUUAACUACAUC